UUACGUUGUCGUAAUGUUCAAUACUUCGGACGUCGAUCACACUUUCGAUAAGAGAGAGGAUGUUUCCGAAGUUAUCAAUGGCACUCUGGGGCUUUUCUACAACGUCACCGCUGAUCCUACAGUCAUGUGGAACGAUACGUGCGGGGAGCCACUACUUGAUUUCGGCAGUGGAGAGAAGAUAAUUAUCGGAGUGAUGUUGGCUAUCAUCACAGCGGUCACCGUGAUGGGAAACACAUUGGUUGUCAUAGCGGUUUGCGUGGUGAAGAAACUAAGACAACCAUCAAACUAUCUUCUUGUGUCGCUGGCCGUGGCAGAUCUCUCCGUGGCAAUAGUUGUCAUGCCUUUUGUUAUAGUGACAGACCUAACUGGGGGCAAGUGGCUUUUUGGGGAGGUGUUUUGCAACAUCUUCAUUGGUAUGGAUGUAAUGUGCUGCACAGCCUCCAUCAUGACCCUGUGCGUGAUCAGCGUUGACAGGUAUCUGGGAAUCACCCGGCCCCUCACGUACCCAGCCAGGCAGAAUGGCCAGCUGAUGGCCAAGAUGAUCCUGGGGGUGUGGCUGGUGUCCGCCUCCAUCACCCUGCCCCCCUUCUGCGGCUGGGCCAAGAAUGUCCACACGGGCGGCGUGUGCCUCAUCAGCCAGGACAUUGGAUACACCAUCUACUCCACGGCUGUGGCCUUUUACAUCCCCAUGCUCGUCAUGCUCUUUAUGUACUACAAGAUCUUCAGGGCCGCCCGCAAGAGCGGCCUCAAGCACCGCUUCACAGACUUCACCCGGCGCGAGCGGCUGGAGACGGUGGCCAGUGAGGCGCUGAGGAUGCAGGGCCUGAAGCCGCAGGGCGUGGCAGAGGAGUGUGCGGCGCUAUCCCGUCUGCUGUCCCGCGAGCGCCGCAACAUCUCCAUCUUCAAAAGGGAGCAGAAGGCGGCCACCACGCUGGGGGUGAUCGUCGGUGUGUUCUCUGUCUGCUGGCUGCCCUUUUUCAUCCUGUCCACAGCCAGGCCCUUUAUCUGCGGGGUGGAGUGCAGCUGUGUGCCCAUCUGGCUGGAAAGGUUCCUCCUCUGGUUGGGUUACGCCAACUCCCUCAUGAACCCCUUCAUCUACGCCUUCUUCAACCGGGAUCUGCGGUCCACCUACAAGGACCUGCUGCGAUGCCGCUACCGCAACAUCAACCGACGACUGUCCGCCGUGGGCGUGCACGAGGCCCUCAAGGUGUAGGAGGAAGAGGACAAGGAUGACGAGGAGGAGAGUUUGGGGCCCCAGAAGCGUCCAAGGAAUUUUAAAUGCCGUCCUUUUGCAAAGACUACUGGGAAGUGCAGUCUCUGUGGUUGUAUAAUGGAGGCUCAGAGGGAUGACCUGUGACCUGGCGGUAGUAUUGUAGAUAAAGACAGAGACUGACUGACUUCCUCUCUAACCCACUGCAGAGGCACAGAGAUAAGGCCAUUACUUAGGUUUGUGUCUGUGUGACUCACUCAGUCAUUCUAUUUUGGGACCCAAAACCAUGGACCGUAUUUGACGGUCUAUUCAAGUUGACACUGGCUUUGUGAAUAUGCUACAGUUCAGUCUAGACUUCAUAUUCAUGUCAGGUGGAUGGUGCAUUAACUGGGGAAAUGACAUUCGGACCCAGGCGAUAAUUCUGGGUCAUUAAAAGCAUGGGCUGUCAAUGGAUUUCUUCAUGAUGAUAUUUGCCAAACUGAUGCUUAGGCAAGUGGGUGCCAUUGGCUAUUGACUUAAACCAGUGAAGGUCACGGAAUCGGUAUCUACGUAACUGUUUCCAGUUCAACUUGUCCGUGGUACAGUAGGUGAUGAUGGUGAACAAUUGAAAGUGGUCUGUAUAGGUAUAUGUUAAUCUAUUAUUUUGUGGAGGCAGUUGUGUUUUCUGUUUACCAACAAAAACACUGCAGAACAGAGGGGUAUACUACAAAGCAGGAUCAAGG